UGUUAAAAAGGACAGCAAAACAGAAGCUGCAGAGAUGGAGAACCUGAAGGAGAUUGACUCUUUCAAAGAAUUAUGUAUAGCCGGCUUGAAUCCAAAUGAGGAGUACAGGAUGACCCACAAACGUCGAGGCCUGGCCCUCAUUUUCAACCAGGAGCGAUUUUACUGGCGGCUGGAGAUGAAUGACAGGCAUGGAACAAAUGCUGACCGCCACAGCUUGGAGAAACGACUCCUGGAUUUAAAUUUUGACGUCCGGAGUUAUGACGAUGCAAAACAGACAGAAGUCCUGGAUAGAAUCCAUGAAGCUGCUGAGGAGGAUCACUCUGAUGCCGACUGCUUUCUGCUGGUCUUCCUGAGCCACGGCGAGAACAACUGCGUUUACACCUACGACGGCAUGAUCAACAUCCAGGACAUCACAGCCGCGUUCAGAGGAGACAACUGCCCGAGCCUCGUAGGAAAGCCCAAGAUCUUCAUCUUUCAGGCGUGUCGUGGAAAUAAAUGUGAUACUUCAGUGGUUAUCACUGCGGCUUCUGCGAAUGAUGAGGUGAAUAAUGAGGUGGUGGUGGAUGCCAGCGCAAUAAAGACUCUACCUGCGGCAGCUGAUUUCAUCAUGUGCUAUUCUGUGGCUGAAGGUUUCUAUUCCUUCCGAGAUCCCAUCAAAGGCUCCUGGUACAUUCAGGAUCUGUGCGAGCUCCUUGAAAAGUGCGGAAGUCGCCUCGAGUUCACAGAGUUACUUACCCUGGUCAACAGAAAAUUGGCAAUGAGAAGUGUGAGGAUGAGAAGUGACCCGAAUGGUAGUGAGAAAAAACAGGUUCCUUGUUUUGCUUCCAUGUUAACCAAGAAGCUGUACUUCCGUCAAAAGUAACAGUAUCAGUUCACAGUUAGAAAAUCAAUCGAUUUAAAAAAAAAAAAAUGUUUUUUCAUCCCAUAU